AUGGCUAUGAUUGAUCUCUUUCCCGCUCUCAAUCGGCCAUAUGACAAGAAAAAACUCCAACAAUCCCGACUUCAGCUCCUGACUGAGAUACGUCAGUUGUGGGGCAUGAAAGAGCCCAGCACAGACGACUUGGAUGACAUUCGUACAAAAAUGGCAUAUCAUAAUAGCAUCGUUGACAUUAUCAAUGGGCCGGAGGUCACAGCUCGUCUAUACCCGAUCCACAAACUCCCUCCAGAACUCUUCACCCAGGUACUCCGUGAAGUUUCCUUCGAGGGAUUUGUUGUCGAUACAUUAAAUCCUCCCAAAUGUCGCUGGAACACCAAAGUCCUGUUCCGCCUGACCUUGGUAUCUCAAAGUUGGAAGAGUUUUAUUACGAGCACGCCCAGCUUCUGGACGUACAUCAUUCUCAGCGAAUAUCGAUCCAACAGAGCAUCGACAUGUUUGCAACUCUCUCGACAGUUACCGAUAUCCUUACACAUUAUUUACUCUGUUACAAUGGAGACUUCCACGAUCUGGCAGGAGAUGUCAAAAAAUCGUGACCGAAUAGUUUCCGUCAUCUAUGAAGACAAGCUUGGCCGUAGAGAGGGAGACAGGCAAGGUGACCCUGAAUCAAGAUUUAGGAGUUGUAUGAAAGGUCUACCUCUUCUCCCUGCCCUCGAGAUCCUCAAGUUCCCAGAUUUCUACUCUGUCAGCUCUGACCUCCAAUAUGCCUUGGACCUAUAUCCCACAUUGCGGGAGGUAUACGGUUGCCAGCUGGAAGAAAAUCACAUUCAAUGUUUGAUGUCGCGAUAUUCUCCAUGCAUAACUAUUCGCAAGAACUUUAAAUCGUUAUGGCCUCUCCUAGCGUCCAACCCUCUUUUGAAGGACGUCAAAUGCUUGUUCUAUCUGCGCGAGUGUGACACCUCACCUAUCGUCCCUGGUCCUUUGGAUUGGAGGAGACUAUCUGUGACUCUUAUUAACCUACCGUUCUCCAUCGGGAUUACGGAACAACUCACACAGCUCGUUGAGUUAAACGUUCGAGGAUACUUUGCCACUCUUUUUCAACUCUUUAAAAAUAUAUAUCGACUUUCCCAACUCCAAAAGUUGAAAAUAGAGCUACUAAUCGACAACCCAAUGAUGGUACCACAGGAUUUACCAGUUUCAUUUUCCAGCAAUGCCGCCGUCGAAAUAUUUGACUUAUAUCUCCGCUUUAUAUCGAAAGGUGAAUUAGAUUCAUUGGAUGAUGAUGAUGAGUCAGAAUCAUCGGAGGAGGAGGAUCUCCCCAUCGAACCUGCAGAAAAGCAGAAAAUCGAGGAGUUUGUGGCCAUGAUGAUCAAGAGUUUGCCUGUCAUUCGAGACCUUCGGCUUUCUAUCGAUGAUUUACCAGGAGUAUCUACUCUCGGCGGG